AUGAGCUUCGCCGGAGUCGGAACGCGAGGGUACGGAGAUUUUGCCGGUUUGGGAAAUUUCAACAAUUUUGAAAGCAGUGUUGAUCAUCAACAACCACCACACAUUGCAAUGGACGAAGGAGCUACCCCUCAACCGCUUUCGGGCAACGGUCGUCGCUCGGGCAACAGCACUUAUAACUUGCAGCAGGAAAUUAUUUGGAUUAAGCAAGAUUCGGCUCAGAUUCGCAACGCUGUUGUUCUGCUGGAAAAGGAAAAGGAUAACUUACGACAAGCAGUUCGGAAACUCAAAUUGGAAAACGCACGAGUGAAGCAGAAGGUAAAGCGCAUGCAGGAGACCAUCAAUGGGUUGAGUGGAGUAUCAGCUGAAACAGAUAAUCUCAAAGUUGGGGCAACUGAGGCGGAUUUGGAUUAUGACGAUAUUGGACGUGACUUCAUUCUUGUGGGAGGUGCUCAGGAUCCCCUUAGUUUGAGAUUCGAAGUUUCUAUCCGGGAUGAGAGAGGCAUCGAGCAUAAAUCAGCUGAGCGCUAUUACUGGUACAAAAUGGCCGAACAUUUUGGAGAUACAGAAACAAUGGCAAAAAUUCUGGAUGCUCCUUCCACAAUCAAAGCAGAAGAAGCAAUGAAGGACAUUAAGGAUUUCGAUGAGGCGAAGUGGAAUGAAGUGAAAAUGAAUGUAUGGGAAACUGGCCAGCGUCUGAAGCUCGAGCAGACACGCUGGAUUGCUAAUCUGCUAGUUUAUACCGGGAAGACAUAUAUUGCUGUUGCUUCGCAAGAUAAAGUUUUCGGUACCGGUUGGCGUAAAAAUCGUGAUGAGGCAAAUAAGCCAAUUUUCUGGGAUGGUGAGAAUCAGGGCGGUAAAGCGCUUAUGAGACUUCGUCAACAAAUCAAAGAAACACACACUUGGUCAGGCCCAUAUGAAGAACAGGAAAUAGAAAAGCGUUUCAAUGAGUUGAAGAAGUACGUCUGGCGCCGUAUUGACCCAGCACGUCGUCUUGGGAUCCUGCGUGGUCGUGCGCGUGGUUUUGGACGCCGUGGUGGCUAUGGCGGUCGUGGUUACGGUGCACCAAGCGCUGGUUUCCCACAGACAAUUCGCCAUUAA